UAAUGUGUAGGAGUCCAAUAACGUUUUAUUUUUAUUUAUUUUUUACACCGCAGUAUGGCAGUCCUUCCCAUAUGUCAGCCUGCCUUAGCUGCUGUGCGCGCGCAGCCACCAUUUCUCGAAUGCAAGACAGUGACAGACUGUUUAGGUUGUCAUGAUCGCUCAUUGUUGGUCAAGCGAAGUUUACACAAUGUUGUUGAUUUUGAUCAUUCUCCUGCAGAUUAUUUUUUUUAAAUGGAGGUCCGUGAUUCCAGAUACUCGUCACGAUUUCCCAUACCAAAAACUCAUUUAUAAACCAGGAAAAAAUAAUUUUUUUAAAUGAACUUCCAAGAAAUAAAUCUGUAGGCCCUUAGAAGCCAGUGCAUUGUCGCCAGUGUUUUUUUAGCAGUUCUGCAAAUUCUGCAACAUUGCUGUGGCAGCUUGUGAACUGUAUAUUUGCCAUUACUAUUUUAAAAUGUAUAAAUUUAUUUGGAACAGGGUUUACAUCUGAAUAAAUGCUGUGUUGGUACCUUUUGGUGUUGUAAUGUUUUUUCUUUUUUGUAAUAUAUUAUUUUUUUUCCCACCAGGAAAGAUGCAAGCUGUGCGUGAACAUGACUCGAACGCCAAAAAAAAUAAAUGUUUUGAAGUUCAGCUGACCUCCAAAUCCUUUUGGGAAUGCGCUGCCAAAAAGUUCAACAUCCCAACCUUGGACUUGAAAGUGUUUGAUGACUCAAAGACAGAAGUUGAUGAGCAGGUUUUUGAUCUCCUGUUGAAAAACCCAAACCUUGGUGUGUUGGAAAGUUGUCUGGCCAAAGAUGCAAAUCCAGAAGAUCAGCAGAGUUGUCCUGCAAAGAGCUGCAAUACCAGUUCAAUUGGAGAUACUGAAGUGGACUCAGAUGACACCAUAAUAUUACAACACAGUCCUACAACAAGACGAAGAGUUGAAGGCACCUCUCUUGCCAAAGUGGUUGCUGUCAUUGGUGAGGAUGCAUCAUCCGUUGAAGGUCAUGUGAAUGUCCUGCAUAUCCAGUACAGCAAGGUGCGAGAGGAUAUACUAAAGAAGUACCCUUUCUUGAAGACAACCUCAGGGUUGUUUGAUGUUGACCGAAUGCAUCCAUCACCUGUCAGUUUAAGCCAGCGCUUCAAGGACGGCGUUUACCAGUAUUGUGCCAAAGGUGCUUGAGCUUGUUCAAAGAAAAGCUCCAUUAGCUAAAGUCUACAACGAAGCAAGAGAAGAGAUGCUUGCAGAGGAUCUACUAGGUAUUGACAUAAACGUAAUCCUUGGUAAUCUUUUGUGUUUAUAGUUCUUCUUUUUAGAAUUCGUAUCAAUAUUAUCUUAUCACAUUUAUGCAUUUUUUUAUUUAAAUUAUGCAUUUAAACUUGGUUAUAAGUUUACUUUUUUAUUAUCUAUUUUUAGAAAAUGUAGAAUGCAGUUGAAAGAUUUACUUAAAAUGAGGUCUAGUGCUUCUUUUGUUAAUGUCACAAGUUUUAUUUCAUGGUUUAAAAAUGGUAACUGAAGUGCUAUGUGCUGUUUACAAUUGAUCAAAUGUUAAGGUUAUAGUUACAAUGAAUGCAAUGUGAACUGAAGGAAAAAUAUAGAUUUUUCAUUAUUGUAAAAUUGCUAAUAAUUGUAAAUAUAUGCAACCUGUUGUGACACUGUACAUACUGUGAAAUGUCAGAAUUGUAAUUGUUUUGAAUGUUUAAUAAAUGUGAUAAAC